AUGGAAACGCUGAAGGAAUUCUUCCGAGUGUACAACGUGCCGCACGGCAUGGCGCUGCGAGUGCGGCAGAACGUGGAGCACAUCUGGAUCAUGCAGCAGGGCUUGGAUGUGGACGCGCUGCUGUCGGAUCUGCCGGAGAAUCUCAGAGUGGACGUGCUCAUGGAACUGCAGUCCAACAUAGUGCAGAACUCGUACCUCUUUAAGAAGUGCGACAAGGCCUUCAUCAAGGCCGUGAUGCUUCGCCUCAAGCCGCAGGCCUACCUGUCCAACGAAGCCAUCAUCUCGAGCGGCGAGGCCGCCUCGGAAAUUUACUUUAUCAGGAGCGGCAAAGUCAAGGUGACGGGAGCCAACAGGGAGACGGUGUUCGCCAUCUUGAAGGAAGGGGACAUUUUCGGGGAUCUGGAGAUCUUCAGCGGAAGGCGAAGGACGGAGAAUGUCGACGUGAGGGUGGAGCCGCUUGCGUCAUCCCGCGGCGCGACACGCUGA